AUGAGGCAGAAAACAAACCCCAUUCAUCAAUUUCUCAACCUCAAAACCCUCCUUUUAGUUCUAUUUCUUUCAUUUUUUCUCAUCUUUCUCUUCAAAUCUAACAUCUUUGACUCACCCACACAAAACCCAUCUCCAAAGUUACAAUCUUUUUCACAAAAAUUAACUCAUUGCUCCCCAUCUUUUUGCAACAAAAUCCCUCCCUCAUUUUCCCACACUCUCAUCCAUUACUCCACCUCCUCCAUAACCCCACAACAAACCUUCAAAGAAAUCUCCGUCGCCGCUGCCGUCCUCCUCGACCGAUCCCCAUGCAACUUCCUCGUCUUCGGCCUCGGCCACGACAGCCUCAUGUGGGCCACUCUCAACCACGGUGGUCGGACGUUAUUCCUCGAAGAAGACAAGUCAUGGAUCCAACAAAUAAGUCGUCGUUUUCCGAUGCUUGAGUCUCGUCACGUAUAUGAUAGCAAGGUCCACCAGGCCGACGGUUUGAUGGAUGUCGGGAAGGGGCCAGAGUGUACUGCGGUCGGAGACCCGAAGUACUCAGUUUGCCCGUUGGCGAUUAAAGGUUUGCCUGAGGAAGUGUAUGGGGUGAAAUGGGAUUUGAUUAUGGUGGAUGCGCCAACGGGGUUCCACGACGAGGCGCCGGGGAGGAUGACGGCGAUUUAUACGGCCGGGAUGAUGGCGAGGAAUAGAGAGGAAGGAGGAAGUACGGACGUGUUUGUGCAUGAUGUGAAUAGAGAAGUGGAAGAUAAGUUUUCAAUGGAGUUUUUAUGCGAAGGUUAUAUGGUUAAACAAGAAGGGAGACUAAGACAUUUUACCAUUCCUUCUCAUAGGGAUGAUUUAGAUAAACCCUUUUGCCCUUUUUAA